CUGUCAUAUAGAUGCGCAGGAACGAGCGCGUGUCAAAUGGAACAAUGUAACGGAUCGGAGUUGACAGCCUCAGUCGAGAGGUUAUUGAUUAAUCACGGUCCGGCUCCAUAACCAUAGAUAAGGGCAGAGAUCCGCCAGUAGUGACAGGAGAAUGACAGCAGGUCCGCAGUGUCUUCAAACCAAGGUGACAAGUCGACCUUAUCAGACUCAGGCAUUUCAGAAAAUUUGCUUUGAAUGGGGAACAUAAUUUGCAUGCUACCCAAGUUCAGGCAGGAUCUUACACAAACCUGGAGACGGGGAACGCACCUGCCUCUCUUCCUCGACCUGUAGACUCAUUUAUCAGCACCAGCCGUCUUUAAUGGGAUAAACUAUCUCCAGAGAUCAGGUGAACGGCUGAUCUAAACUUAAGUAAGACCUUCAAGCUUCUUAAUUUCUUCUUAAUUGACACUUUUCAUCCUAAGGCCUCCGCAUGGUACUCUGGUCGAAAGAUCAAGACAAACUGUCCGACAUGUCCACCGGGACGGAAAGGAUAGAGAUGAAGAAGGAGGGGGCGCCGCCGGCAUACCACCAAUCCAAUGGGUCUGUCCAUCCGGUAAUACUACCCGACAACCCCGAGGAGGUGCCGCAGACUCCCGGGGAGUACGAACUCACAGAGGUGACCUCCUUACCGGACGGUGAUCAGGAGAACGAGCGGCCGGACAUGGUGGUCCUCGACUGUCGGGCCAACGCGAAGGGUCAGAGGGAAGAGGACGCACUCCUGGAGAACGCCAGCCAAAGCAAUGAGAGUGAUGACACUAGUACGGACCAAAGCCCGGUGCCACCGGCUCCACUGAAGGAAACGUCCUUCUCCAUUGGACUCCAGGUUUUGUUCCCUUUCCUGCUGGCAGGGUUUGGGACAGUUGCAGCUGGCAUGGUUCUGGACAUUGUUCAGCAUUGGACGGUAUUCACAGAGGUGACUGAAGUCUUUAUCCUGGUGCCUGCUCUCCUGGGCCUGAAAGGAAACCUGGAGAUGACCCUUGCGUCCAGACUGUCUACCGCGGCUAAUAUUGGACAAAUGGAUACCGCCAAGGAUAUGUGGAAAAUGAUCAUGGGAAACCUCGCACUAAUUCAGGUCCAGGCCACUGUGGUCGGCUUCCUGGCUUCCAUCGCCGCAGUCAUUUUUGGCUGGAUUCCAGAGGGUAAUUUUAACAUGGGUCAUGCCGUCCUGCUCUGUGCCAGCAGUGUGGCCACCGCAUUCAUCGCUUCUUUGCUGCUAGGUCUUAUCAUGAUCGGGGUUAUCAUUGCAUCCAGGAAGGUUGGCAUCAACCCAGACAACGUGGCCACCCCCAUUGCUGCCAGCCUUGGUGACCUGAUCACCCUGGCCCUGUUGGCUGGCAUCAGCACGGGCCUGUAUAAGGAACUCGAAUUCAAUGAUUAUGCCAACCCGAUGGUUUGUGCCUUCUUCGUCGCCCUGACACCCAUCUGGGUACUUAUCGCCCGGCGGAUUCCUUCCACACGAGAAGUGCUCUACUCCGGGUGGGAGCCUGUCAUUAUCGCCAUGGCUAUCAGCAGUGUUGGAGGCCUGAUUCUGGAUAAGACGGUAUCUAACCCCAACUUUGCUGGAAUGGCGGUUUUCACGCCCGUCAUCAACGGUGUGGGCGGCAAUCUGGUGGCGGUACAAGCCAGUCGAAUCUCCACCUACCUGCACAUGAACGCCCUGCCCUUAGCGGAUCCAAACCCAACCCCCAUAAAAUGCCCUACUCCCUGGAGCUCGUUCCUUGGGUCAGGUGUCAACUCCCGUUCUGCCAGAGUGCUUUUCUUCCUGGUCGCUCCUGGUCAUCUGGUCUUCCUGUACACCAUUAACUCAAUGCAGGGUGGACACACCUCUCUCACCUACGUCUUCAUUGCAUUUUACCUGGCCGCUGCACUGCUCCAGGUUGUGAUCCUGCUGUACCUUGCAGACUGGAUGGUUAACUGGAUGUGGAGUCGAGGGAUGGAUCCCGACAACUUCUCCAUUCCCUACUUGACCGCCCUGGGAGACCUGCUGGGGACGGGCUUCCUGGCUCUGUGUUUCCACAUCCUGUGGCUAAUUGGAGAUCGGGACACAGAUGUGGGUGAUUGAUCCACGCUGCUUCCUUUGACUCUGUCCAAGCAACACAAAUGUCUUUAUUUAUAAUGCCACGUAGAGAAAUAAUAUCUAUAUUGUUAUGGCUACUAUGUCUACCAUGAUUAUAUUGAUGACAUUAUUGCUUUAGUAUUGAUUUGUAAUUUCGUUGUUGUUUAGCUACUGGGAGAACAACAAUCCUCAUUAUUUUUCAAUGGGGAUGUUCGGCCCAAUUUUACGGCCAGUCGCGUUGGCUGCAUGUAAAGAUGACAUCGACCUAAACUUGAAAUAUUUCACGAGAGGCAAAUGAACAUAGAAUGCUUAAUCACCAAGUGCUACAAAAUGGUUUAGUUAUAUAAAAUG